AUGGAAGACGGAGAGGAUGGCGAAUCAGAAGAGAAAUUGUCGGCGUCCAUGGCUCGAACCAUUCGAGAACUAGAACGGCUGGUCGACGAGGCCGUCAAGCUUGCCGAGAGCGCUGGGUCUCCUCACGAUGACGGCCAUAUUGCAGAACAACCAGAUCGCAAUAUGCUCAGUCUGCCACGUCGACCACAGUUGGGUCUCGCAAAGAAGAUCAGCAAAUACCUAGAAGAUGUCUCCACAAAGACGAGCGAUUUUGUACCCCCUUCAGAAAACGGCCAAUCCCCCAAGUCACGGCCAUCUGCGACAGAGCCAUCUUUCCAGGGAGAUGAGAUAAAGAUAGGGGAAGGAAGCCUUCGCUGCCGAGGGGCAUGCAGUGCUGAUAACUUACGACUCCUCCUCCCAGAACCAAUUGCUGAGCCUUUAGAAGAGAGAAAGACAAAAUUAUCGAGAGAUAGGAGAUCAACAGAACUGCCUUCAGAUCUCAAAAACCCGGCGGCCCGAUUCCUCCAGCCUCCCCAAAUUGGCCCUCGCGUCACAUCUGCCAACGCCAUCGAAGAAAGUAGUUCUUCCGCUUCAAGGCCAAUACCUACUCUCCAGCUGAAUGGUGACCGCUUGGAUGUCCAUUUGGAUGAAGACAGGGAACCGUUAUUAGUUAAGCCUGGGCUGGGCCACGAAAGACACUUCAGUCAAAUGUUUGGGAUUCCGUCCCGACAUGUGAGCAUCAACAUGGCACAUCCAUCGCCCUAUCCCUCCUACAAGGUAGACCUCAAUGGCGUACAGCACAUUGACCUCCCAGAACGAGCGGACAAUCUGGCCGUUCACACGACUUGUCACCAUGCACCCAUGGUUCGCAACUGGCCAAACUCUCGGAAGCGACUCGCUGCGGUGGUGAGCUGCAUCAAUGUUACUUGCCUAGGUUUACUUCUUGGGAUAUACGCUGGAGAGGUCCCAGCAAUUCAGUAUGUCAUUGUUGACCUGGACAACCAAGUCAUUCUGGGGAACCUCUUCCUCUACCUGGGACUUGCCAUACCAACUAUGGUAUUCUGGCCUCUGCCGUUGCUGCAUGGACGGAAACCCUACACCCUUGCAGCGCUUGCAUUGGCAUUGUGUCUGCAAAUACCGCAGGGGCUGAUGGUUAUCGCAUUCAGAUCGCCAGAUGUGAGCAGAUACCGCAUUACUUUACUCCUGUCUCGCGGUAUGUCAGGCUUUGUUCUUGGAUUUGCGGACAUUAAUAACCUUGCGACAAUGCUGGACAUCUUCGGAGCAUCGCUUCAGAGCAGUGAUUCGUAUGAGCUUGGUGACCCGUAUGAUGUCCGCCGGCAUGGAGGUGGAAUGGGAGUGUGGCUGGCAAUCUGGUCCUGGUGCACGGUAGGCUCGAUCAGCAUUGGAUUCCUUAUUGGAGCACUGAUCAUAAGCCGUACUUCGGUCGAUUGGGGCUUUUGGAUUUCGUCUCUCCUCCUGAUGGCUGUUAUCCUGCUCAACCUUCUCUCGCCAGAAGUGCGUCGAUCAGCAUUCCGACGAACAAUUGCGGAGAUCACUGGCGAGGGCGGGAGCUUCAGCAGGGUUGCUCGUGGGGAGGUCAAACUUCAUCUCACCGGGAAUGGGCCAUAUUGGUGGGGCGAAGAGAUCAUCGCAGCUCUGCGGAUGAGUUGGCGAAUGGUCAAGCAGCCUGGCUUGCUGGUAUUGUCGAUUUACGCAGCUUGGGUGUACGCACAAUUCACCUUGGUGUUGAUGUUGCUUGGAGCGUUGGCUUCGACUGAAUACCAUUACCGUCCAGAUGAAGUUGGACUUUGCGUUCUUUCACUAGCGAUUGGAUCAGCUUUGGCAAUGCCUUUUCAGACAGCUUCUUGGCUCAGUCGUUCCCGAUAUCACCCUCCUCGGACGGACAGCAUGACAUUCCAAAAAGCCAUGGUGUGGCAGUCACAUACGGUUCGGCGGACUUUCUUCACGAUUUUUCUCCCUCUGGCAGCGAUUGGAUACGCCCUGUCAUCAAGACAACCUCCUUUUCCCAUCGCUGUGCCAUGCUUGUUUGCUGCUUUCGUUGGAUUUGGUUCGAACCUGGCCAUUGCCGAGUGUUACGCUCUCAUGAUGCUAACCUUUGAUACAUCGGACUUGCAACCAGGAAUGACGGGUCGCCCGCCUCGGAGAUCAGUCAGAGGACGAAUAAAGGAACAACGAACGAAUUUCUCCUGCUAUCCUCGAGUCAGUGCAGGCAUGGCAGUUACCCAAUCUCUGAAGUUCGUGUUCGGCGCAGUGGCAACGGGCAUUGGGGGGCGAGUCGAACGGAGGUACGGUGGUAUGCAGGCAGCUGGCAUCGUCGCAGGUGUCCUUAUGGCACUAACUCUUCUUCUCACAGUGGUCCUGUUCAGAUGGAAAAGUGUUCAGAUGAUCCCCGGUCGGCAGGAUCGAGUUGUCGGAGAGGGAGAGGAAGAAUGGGAGCCUGUGAUCCUGGGGAACCCCACUGGGUUGACACGGAAGAUAAACAUCCUCGAGGCCGGCGAGUACACUCGGUGGUCAGAGAUCCGACGGCGGAACCGGUUGACCACUCGGUCUCGGGGCGCGUGA